AAACAUGAAGAUCCUGAGGAACAAACAGACCCGAUGCCAUUCAAACAGAAGAGUCAAGAUCAGAGUAAAAUGGAAAAGAAGGAUCAGUUUGAAGGAUGUCAUGACUUCAGAUCUGGGGGAGAAUCAGAACAGACAAAAACCUCCUCGCAAAAAACAGCCCAGAAGACCAAAUCUUUUACCUGCCAUCAGUGUGGAAAGAGUUUCAAGCGGAAACAAUGUGUUAUAGACCAUAUGAGGGUUCACACUGGAGAAAAGCCCUACCCUUGUCAAGAGUGUGGAAAAAGUUUCAAGUGGAAACAAUCUGUCAUAGACCAUAUGAGAGUUCACACCGGAGAAAAGCCUUACACUUGUCAACAGUGUGGAAAGAGUUUCGCUUGUAAACAAAACUUUAAACACCACAUGAAGAUGCACACUGGAGAAAAGCUUCACAUCUGCAAACACUGUGGAAAGAGUUUCACUUGGAAUCAGAACCUUCAUGAGCAUAUGAGGAUUCACACUGGAGAAAAGCCUUACACCUGCCAUGAGUGUGGGAAGAGUUUCACUCGGAAACAUAAGCUUAAAGAACAUAUGAAGGUUCACACUGGAGAAACGCCUUACACCUGCCAACAGUGUGGAAAGUCUUUCAAUCGGAAACAAAAACUUACAGACCAUAUAAAGGUUCACACUGGAGAAAAGCCUCACGCAUGUCAACACUGUGGGAAGUCUUUCAAUCGGAAACAAAAACUUAAAGACCACAUGAGGAUUCACACUGGAGAAAGGUCUUACGUCUGCCAUCAGUGUGGAACGAGUUUCACUUGGAAACAAAACCUUACAAACCACAUGAAGACUCACACUAUAGGAAAGCCUCACAUCUGCCCUCAGUGCGGAAAGAGCUUCACCCAGAAACAAACACUUACUGAGCAUAUGAGUACUCACACUGGAGAGCAGCGUUUCCCCUGUCAUAAGUGUGGAAAGAGUUUCAGUUGGAGAAAUGUCCUCGCACAACAUCUCAAGGUUCACACUGGAGAAAAACCGUAUGCUUGCCAACACUGUGGAAAGUGUUUCUCUACUAAAGGGAACAGUAGAAGACAUGAGUUAACUCACACUAAAACAAGCCUUACUCCUGGCAAGAGUUAAAAAGAAUUUAAAGCCUGGUUUAUUCUUCUGCGUCAAGUGACCGGCGUAACCCCACAGCCUGUAGCUGUGCAUUUAUACUUCUGCUGCUGUCUCUGUUGGUCUGCAUUAACACUUCCGAAACGCUAGU